AUGGCAACAAUGACGGACCACGCGGCCAUCAAAAUGACGCAGCCACGAGAAACCCGGGCGACGACCGAUUUCGAGACGGAUUACCAGCCAGUCAAUUGGAAGAGGGUGUUCCUGGCCCCCAAGUAUCUGGUGCUCUGGAUCAUCGCCGUCAUCAUUCUCGUUCUUACGAUCAUCAUCACUGUCCGUCACGACGAAGUAGUCGCGCACCUCCGACCGUGGGCGGAGAAAGUCCGAGACCUCCCAGCGGGGUGGUUAAUACCGAUCGUCAUACUGAUCAUCAUCUCCUUUCCGCCGCUAUUCGGUCACGAGAUAGUAGCGCUUCUAUGCGGCGUGGUAUACGGGCUGUGGAUUGGCUUCGGGAUCGUGGCGGCUGGGACGUUUCUGGGAGAGCUUGGCACCUGGUUCGCCUUCCAGUACCUCUUCCGGCGCAAAGCCGAAAAGCUCGAACGAACAAACAUCAACUACGGCGCUUUGGCCCGGCUGACCCGUGAUGGCGGUUUUUGGAUCGUGCUCUUAAUCCGCUUCUCCGCCAUCCCUUCGCACUUCUCCACCGCCGUCUUCUCAACCUGCGACGUCAACUUCUGGGCCUUCGCCCUCGCCACCUUCCUGACACUGCCCAAACAGAUCUUCCUCGUUUACCUCGGCGUGCUGUUGCUGCAAGACAAGCCCGACCACUCGGCCAAGAACAUCGUGUUCGGCAUUGCUUUCGCAGUGACAAUCGUCAUGGCUGCGUACAUCUGGUACAAGAUGCGCCAGAUCAAAGUGGUGCUGCUGGCGGAGCAGGCGGAGCGGAGGAAGGCAGCGCUGGGGGUGCCUGUGAUGUCGGAUGACGACGCGGGACUCGAAGGAACGGAGCAAGGGGAGAUCCAGAGUGGGAGGUCUUAUGUGGUUCUUGCGCAGGAGGAGGCGGAUAUUGGCGUGGCGAGGACGACGAAUUCAAGGGAACCGCUGGUGGCGCCGCAGUAUCCACUGUAUCGGUCGGAUCUGGAGUAUCAAGGAGCAGGGAGGGACCACAUGGGUAGAGAAGCUGUGAGAGAACAGACAUGGGUAUGA